AUGAAGAUGGGAAAGUGGAGAAUAGCCAUGGUGUAUGGUGGUAGAGAACUGGCUUAUAGAAGAAUUUUAUGGGAUAAUCUGGAGGAGUUUUGCUCUAACAGUAAUCCUGUAAUUGUUGGGGGUGAUUUUAAUUAUAUUUUGGCUAAUGAAGAUAAAAGAGGAGGAAGACCAUUUCGGUUCUCUCAAGGAGCUAGAGAAAUGAGCUCAUUCUUAGCAAGAUGUGACCUUCAUGAAGCAAAUAUUGUUGGACCAAUAUUCACUUGGUGCAAUAAUAAGAAUGGUAAUGCUAGAAUUCUUGAGAGGUUCGAUAGAUGCUAUGUGAAUCCGAUUGUUUUGCACUUCAAUCGGAUAUUGGUGAGACAUUUGACAAGGGUUGCUUCAGACCAUUGUCCUAUCAUAUUGAAUUUUUUGGAUGCUAAUUUUGCAGCUUACAAAAUAAUAAGAUUUGAGAAAGUUUGGGCUUCUUAUCCGGAUUCUAUUGGAAUUGUUAAAGCAACUUGGUCUAAAAAGAUUAAUGGAGAUUAUGCUCAUGUGUUGAAUCUUAAAUUUUGA